AUGGUUAGAUUUGGAAAGUUUGUUGAGGUUGAAGAGACUCUGGUUAUUAGUUUAAUUAAUGUUGAGAUUGUUGAGGAACAUGUGGCGUCCAAGCCAAAAUUUCAAUUUGCCUUUGAAGAGGUUGAAGUAUCUGAUGAUGAAGAAGAAGAGUUUUCUAGUGAAAGAGUUUUAAGACCUGCUCCUGAUGCUAACCUUGAUUCAUUCUUAUCUUUUGGUCCUAUUACUGCUCAUGAAAGAAGGGAGAAACAAAUCAAGGUUGAUCAGCUGAAAGGGAAAAUGCUCGUGAUGAAGCAUUCAGACCAAAAUGCUCCAGGUGAUCAUCUUGAGACGGUCAUUAAGGAGACUGGGAAGAAAUUCACAGAUAAAUAUGGGGAAUGUUCUGGCAUUUUGAUCUGGGGAUAUGAUGCUGAUAAGAAAAUGUGGAUCGUAAAGCGGAAAAGUGGGCGAAUUGAAUAUUAUGAGAAGAAAGUCGACUUCUUAUCCUGGACAGGAUCUUCUUGA